AUGGUGCGGUUAUCAUCUCGUUUUCUUGUCAUCCUGACGCGAAGCGUUCAGACACCUCCCAUCGAAGAGCUCACCAUGCAAGGUUAUGACUUACAAUUUGGCACCAACGUACUCGGUCAUUUUUACCUCACUACGCUUCUCCUUCCGACCCUCAUCGCGACUGCGAAACAAGAAGAGAAGCCUGCUCGGAUUAUUCACACUGCUUCCGUCGCAGCGCAUCACUGGGGCGAGCCCAACAUCCGCUACGACACUGUCACGCCUGGGGUAGCGCGCAACAAACUUGGGAAACUGAAGCUUUACUGGCAGAGCAAAUUCGCAAAUGCCGUGUUUAGCAACGAAUUGCACCGCCGCUAUGAGAGCGAAAACAUCAUCUCCGUGUCAGUCAACCCUGGGAACCUCAGGACACAGUUAGCGAGAUCAGUGCCUUCCGUUCCGAGAAUGCUUGCAAACAUUUUCUUGUUGUAUCCUCAAGCGAAUGGCGCCCUCACUCAGCUGUGGGCUGGCACAACCGAUGAAGGGUUAAAGCUCAGUGGGAAGUUUUUGUUUCCAUGGGCUCGACUUGGUGUCUCUCCGACUGAGGAAUCUGGGUCGGGUGCCCAAUUAUGGGCUUGGUGCGAAGAGGCGGUGACAAAGUUCAAUGAUAACAGCUAA